GUGCUGACGCUCCGGCGCUUUCGGCCAAUCAGGCGGCCCCUUUGGACAUUUCUGAAUGAGCAUCGGCGCAUGAAUCAUCCUCAUCGCCGGCCUUGUGAUCCAUGCGCAGUCAUUAUUUCCCCAUGGGUUCUCUCUUCCAGGAUGGACCUCGGCUCCCAGGAGGGGCCACAUUCACUCCGGAUCAGCAAAAGAUGCUCUCCUGCGCCAUUGAGGCCGAGGCGAGGCAUGCAUGCGCCUACAUGUGUCACCGUGAUAUAUAUAUAUGUCCCCAGAGCAGCAUGGAAGGAAACACGGAGAAAUUUCUCUCAAUGGCGAUCAUGGAGUCCUCUCGCAGCGUCUCUUCCCGGGAAUCUUUGUAUUCGGUGGAAAGCGAGGAGGAGGACGAGGACCAGCAACGCUGCGGCGAAUUUGAGGUCUUCCUUUCGGACAGCGGGAGCGAUACGGAGAAGGAGCCGGUACGGACAGGCGAAGGGAGCUUCCUCUUCUCUCCGCGGUCCAGAUCGGGACGGACUAACCCGGCCUUGCUUUGCCCUGAGCGCCGCUCCCGGAAGCCCGCUAAGCCCCAGCCCUUGUCUCCUUGUUGCCGUUACCCGGUGGCCGUAGCGGAGGGCGAGUACUGCAAGCGUUUGACCAAUACGGAGCAGCCAGUCGCCAACCCAAAACGAUUGGAAGUGGGCAGCGGGCGGAAGCGGUCAAGCGGCGCUUUGGGAGGCGGCCGGCCUUUCGGAGCCCAGUUGUCCACACAAGGGAAGAAGAGGCAGCGGAAUGAGGAGACGGAGGACCGGGAACGUUUCUGCUCUCCUUGUUGGACUGAGAAGGACCACAUCUUCGCGCAAAAGUGUUGGGAACUUCAAGGCUUCGUUCGGCCUUUGAUGGAGCUCCUCCACCGACUGCGGAUGGGCCGCUUGAACCGAGGGCUUAGCAGCUUCCAGCAGAGCGUGGCCAUGGACAGGAUCCAGCGGAUAAUCGGCGUCCUGCAGAAGCCGGAAAUGGGGGAGCGAUAUUUAGGCACGUUGCUCCAGGUGGAGAGGAUGCUGAAGGUCUGGUUCCCCCACGUUUUGAAAGACUCCGAUGUCAACAAUAGCAUUGAAGAAGAAGCAGAGGAACGGUGCAAGAUGGCAAAGUCUUCCAUGGCAAAGAACGUAAAGGACAAUACAGGGUGGAAACGUGUCCAGGACUCGAGGGAAAGCCCCCCGACAGAGGAGCUCCUCCAGACGCACCUCACGGACUCGGACUCGCCGGGCCACGAAGCCAGGGAGGAGCCGCCACGCUUCCAGGGUGACUGGCCGGCCAUGAACUUGACCUGGAUCCACACCUCGCCCAUUUCGAACCCUCCUUUGGCCCAAGCGGGUGCCACCUUUGGGCCGGCCUUCCUGCACCCACCCACACAAGCCUAUGGGGUGGUCGUCUUCCUCCCGGACCCUUCCGGAGCCUUUGCCCGCGCCACGUCCCUGGCUUCCGUCCCGUCUUGCUGCCACUCCGAGGUGCCACUCCCAGGCUCCGGGGGCCCUCCUCGGUGCCAGAGCAUGCCAAGCGCCGCGAGGCCGGUGGGAUGCUGCCCCGGAGGAGGGACCCUCAGCCGCCUCUCGCGGUCUCUGCCCAACCUGCCCGCGUCCAGCACUGUAUUGAAGGAACUGACAAAGUCUCCACGUCUCUGCACUUCCUGAAACUUGGCUCCGUUCGCAUCUCCCAAAAUGUGUGAAUUUUUCUUUCCAUCGACAUCUUCCUUUUUCUUGUUAUAUUUUUUUUAACUUUUUAAAGAACUUUAUUUAAAUGUCGUUUCAUGUACGUCCAAGAGGCGAUGCAAAAAGCCUGUCCGUCUCCCAGGCUUGGGGAGAAUGUUUCAAUAAAUGCCACGGCAAUGGCUGUCAAAUGAGGUUAAUGCGUGUGU